GGUGUCAUCCCAUGAACUGGAGAGGAAAGAGUCACGGCAAACGGGGUUGAGUGGUGCUGACGGCUUUGCGGUUUUCGUAGAAUGGACUGAACUUGACGGAGGAACCGUUGAAUGGGGUUUUGAAAACCGGCAUCAUUGUGAGAAUUGGAGUUUGGUUAGGUGAAAGAGUGAGUGUUAGGUGUUUGACGUUAUGCGCCUGAGGUCGGUUCUCUUUGGUUUGUCAUAUGUUUGUCAAUAAGGUGUUUAAGGAUUGAUAUAUAGUGGCAGCUAUGCAAUGCAAGAUUGAAGAUUACCAGCUAGUUCAAAUCUUUAGUCAUAGAAAAAUAUGUAUUGGUUUCUCAACAAGCUGAAUCAGCAGCGAUAUCGAGUGAGUCACAGGGUGUUGUGACCGCUGAGACGAUUCAAGCGGCGUUUCGUUUAACUGAAGAAGGGUUUACUGCCAUGGUUUCUGAAUUAUGGAAUGCUCGACCACAAGUUGCAACUACUGGAACUUGUUGUUUGGUUGGAGUGAUUUUUCAGCAGACGCUUUUUAUCGCAAAUGUGGGAGAUUAUCGUGUUGUGUUGGGUAAGAAAGUUGGGAAUACUGGUGGGGUUGCAGCGAUUCAGCUGUCUACUGAACACAAUGCAAAUUUCGAGGGUGUUAGACAGGAACUUAGAGAAUUACACCCUUAUGAUCCCCAAAUUGUUGUUCUCAAGCAUGGAGUGUGGAGAGUAAAAGGAAUUAUUCAGUGCUGUGUGGAAGGAGCUUUGAUUUUGAGUUUUGAUUAUAGGAUAAUAGAUUGGUGUGUGUUCCCCAUUGCUUCCCAUCAUCACGGUGAAUAAGCUGGAAGAAAGCUUCAAUGUGAUUAACUCGAGAAAAAGCCACUUGCAGCAUAUUUAUUUACAGAGGACAAUAAGUUCAAGGAACAAUUUGUAAAGAUAGUUUCUGCUG